AUGCUUCAGGCUGGUCAGCGCCUCAGCGGUAGUGUUUGUAUAGCACAUGAAACGUUCUCGAGGGAUGAAAUUAUCUUUGAUAGCUCUCUCUUACUCGGUUUCUUCUGUGCACUAGAAUUAAAAGAUGCUUCCACUUUCGUUGCUAAAGACAGCCCAAGGCCACCCUAUUCUGGUGGAACUGAAAAAUGGGGAGACAUACAAUGGGCAUUUGUUAUAUGUACCUCCAAGGAUGGAGAUAGGUUUUGGCGGAUGCCGGAAUGCUACAUCAGGGGAAAUACGAUUAAGUAUCUUAGAGUUCCGGAUGAGGUAAUCGAUAAAGUUCAAGAAGAGACAAAGAAUCGUGCUGAUAGGAGGCCACCUGGAGUAGGGCGUGGAAGAGGUAGAGGCCGAGAGGAUGGCUCAAAACCAAAAGGUAUUGGCCGUGGCAUGGAGGAAGGAGCUGCUAGAGGCAUGGGUGGAGGUCGAGGCAGAGUUGGAUCUGGAGGAAAGGCUGGUGGAAGCAGAGGUGGAGGGCGAGGCCGAGGAUAUGAAGGGUUGGUAGAAAAACCUAGGUUUUACAAGGAUGGAUAUGCCAUUAUAAAUGAGAGCAAAAUAAACAUAGGUGUGAGAAAUGUAUUUUGCGUAUUGGAGAAAGCAGAGAAGAAAUGGUGGACGAAAUUAUUGCGUGGGGAUGAGAAAGUAGAUUGGGAUAAAUGGUUGGAUGGAGAUGACGACACCGGUAAUGCUGAUUUUGAUAUGGGUGGAAUGGAUUUCUCGAAAUUCGGUGGCAUGGGUGGCCUAGGAGAUGAUGCUAUGGGGGAUGACCUCGAGGACAGUGAUGAAGAAGGUAACUGA